AUGCCAACACAAGUUCGACUCCGAUCGCAGCUCGAUUCCAAACGCCUGAAGAUGAAACUGUUCGCCAUUGUUGCGCUGACCCUCGCGCUUUCGAGCGUCUGCAAUGUGAACUGCGUUACCAUCGUUAAGUGUACCAAUUGCAAAACUCAAACUGCCUACGAGAUCGCCACCAUGCAGAAAACAGGGACAACCUGCGGGGCUAAGCUCGAAGCUGGCGGGAUUUGCCAGGCAUCGCGUACUAAGAAUUACUAUGAGUGCAACAAACCUAAAUGUAGAAUGGCGGUAUACGUCAAUGUCCGGACGGGAGUGCGCGGCUCCAAGGAUCGUACGCCAGAGGACGAUGCGAAGGAAGGAUGUGAGCAUGAUCAGAGGACUGUUGUGCGGGAGCCAGGAUCAAGUGACCCUGUGCUGUACAGCUUAUUCCCAGAAAAACCAGGAUUACAUAGGUGAAUCUACACCAACAAAAAAAAUACCUUGUUCAAACUGUACUGGCCAUAGUAGAAUUUGUAGUUGAUGAAUUCAGAGAUUCACAAGACCCUAAUU